CGUUGGAUCCCAAGGGUUUUGGCGAUGGAGGAAAUGGAAAUGGAGUGUGAGGGUUACACUGUGUGCUAUUGCGUGACCAAGGCGCGGGAGCGCCUAGAUCCCACAAUUUCGGCGCUGAAGAGACAUUCUUCUGCGACUGCUGAUGAUGUAGCGGUCGGAACACCGCUGGGUGAUGUAGUAACGGGGAUCAAACAGGACAAGGGUGUCUCUCAUGUUUAUUUGCUGCAUACAAGCGAGUCACGGUGGAUUGAAGUUACUGACAGUCAUUUGGCAUUGAGUUUCUCAAAGGGAGCGUUCGUCUAUCUCAAGUUUGUGAAAGAUCAUGCUGCAGGUAAGCACUCUGCAGUCCGGUAGUGUAAGCAAGAAAUUUUCUCAUUGCAUUUGCGAAAUAUUUGGGCACCCGUGCC